AUGGCGAUAGCAGGAAGUACCGUCACAUUGCAAAGGAGGAAGAGACGUGAAUUAUUAUGUUCUGUGUCAAGGUCUCUAUGGACCCUAGUGCAAAGAUAUACUUCGUCGAAGACCCUGGAAUACAGCGGGAUGCGCAAACAACCGCGCACACCGCGUAACGUAAAACGCGUCGUGAAAUGUGCUUUAAUUUUUUACAUAUAUAUACAUAUCUGCACUCUACAGAAGCUGCGGGCCCGCAACCGCUUCAUAAGAAUCAUAGAAUGGAUAAAUUUAAAAGAGGAAACCACUGAUAUCACAGGCACGGUAAAUUGUUAA